AUGUCCGGCUACGCAGUAUUUGCAGUUAGUAGCGUAGCAUUAGGGUUAGGACGUAACAUUAGAGGUGAGGACGUAGCAUUAGGGUUCAGAAGGAAAGGUUUGUUAGGAAAGCCGGCCGCAGGCCACGCAGCCAAUGGCUGCGCAACAUUUGCGAUUAGUUGCGUGGAAUUAGGUGCUGUUACAGCACUAAUUGGUAAAUCGAACAAAUCAGUAUGA